AUGUAUGAUUCCGAUGAUUCAACUACAGCAGAUGAAUCAGGAAAAAGAAAAGCUACAGAUGUUUUGGAUGUUUUUCAACAAUCUAAAAAAACCACCAGAUCUCCAAAGAAAGAUGACGGUUACAACAAAGAAAUGCUAACGCAAAUUAUGUCUAUGCUAAAAAAUCUUAAAGAGGACACAGAAGAAAUAAGAAAACAACAAAAAGAACAAGAUAAGAAAAUGAAGGAGAUUUCCGAAGAACUAAAAGAACUCAAAAAAGAACAGAUUGAAAAUAAAAACGAAAUAUCAGCAAUGAAGAAUAAUAAUGAAAAAAUGUUAAAAGAAAUUAAUAAUUUGCAGAAAGAAAUAAUGAGUUGCAACGAGAGAAUUCAAUACCUUGAAAGCGACAAAAGAAGGAAAAAUAUAGUUAUACAAGGUAUCCCGAUAACUACAAAUAAUCCAAAGAUAUUAAGAGAAUCAGUAAAAAAUUUUAUCGACAAGGAAAUGGGUAUAGAAGUACAAAUAAAUGAAGCAAGGAAAUUGGGAGAUAAAAUAUACUUAGUCGAACUGGAUAGCAAAUAUGAAAAGAUGAAAAUAAUGAAAAACAUACAUAAACUCAAGAAACUGCCGAACCGCAUAUACAUAAAUGAUGAUACUAAGAUUGAUGCAAAUGGUUUUGCACUGGAUGAUUUAAGAGGAAAACAUGGCAAGCAUAGAAAAAAUGAUCCCGAACUGAUAACCGACAUCAAGUGGCAUAUUAAUUCUAUACCAAGGGUAGAAUCUCACUGCCUACGCGUUUCUACUUCAAGAGAAUACAUAGAUGGCAGCAAAACCAUUAAAUAUUUAUACAAUGAUUUUAAAUUAGAACAAGAGAGGAACAAUAAAGAAAUUGCUACUGAAGCUACAACCAAUGAAAAUUCACGUGAUGAAAUAGAAAUAACUGAGGGAAACAUAGCUUCCUUAACUGAAGAAGAUGAAAAACAUGUAACGGCAGCUCUAUUCCAGUAA